AUGUACCCUUUGGUGAAGCACAAGCAUAAGAUCCUCAACACUUCACUUGCCUACUGUUGUCGUCUUAUCGACCAGUGUUUCUCGUUGAAAUCCUCGAAGAAUGUCACGGUUCUUCAUGCUCUGUUAGUUAAAGUUGGCUUCAAUCGUUAUACUUUUCUGGGUAAUCGUUGUCUGGAUCUCUAUUGUCGAUCCGGUUCAUCUGCGGUUGAUGUUCUGAAAGUGUUUGAUGACAUAGCUUUAAGAAAUGUGGUAUCUUGGAACAUUUGUUUGAAGGGGUUAUUGAAUUUUGGGCAUAUGGAAAUGGCGUGCAGCCUCUUUGAUGAAAUGCCUGAAAGAGACGUCGUUAGUUGGAACUCAAUGAUUGUGGGGCAUGCUUCAUGUGGCCAUGUUGAUCGGGCAUUAGAAAGGUUUAGGCGGAUGCAAAUUUCGGGUGUGCAACCCAGUGAAUACACUUACUCAAUUUUGAUGUCAGUGGUGUUUGCCACACUUUGUGGUAGAGAACUUCAUGGGAGCUUGAUUCGUCGUGGAUUUAGCACUUCAAAUGUGGUUCUUGGAAAUUCCUUGAUUGACAUGUAUGGGAAGCUUGGCCUACUAGAUUAUUCUGUAGAGGCUGCUCUUCUACUAUUUGUGCUUACAUUGAGGGAGGACAUAAGGCCUACAGAAUACACAUUUUCCAGCCUGUUAAGUGUUAUUCACAGUUUUCCAGUGGAGCAGGGAACUCAAAUCCACUGCUUAGUCAUCAGAUUGGGUUUUGACUCUGAUGCUAUUGUUGCUAGCUCGCUGGUGGAUAUGUACUCUAAAUUUGGGUUUGUUAACUGUGCUGUGGAAAUAUUUAGUCGCAUGACUGCCAAAGAUUUGACAUGUUGGAAUACGCUUAUUUUGGGAUUAACUCACAACAACAUGGUAUAUGAAGCCUUGGACACUUUCAAAGAACUGCUCCAGAGUGGCCCACCUCCAGAUAGAAUCACUUUCUGUGCAGUUCUCUUAGCUUGCACUUAUGGUGGAUUUGUUGAUGUUGGACUAACUCUAUUUUCGUCGAUGAUUGAUGAUUAUGGAAUUCCACCAAGCAAUGAACAUUUUGCUUGCUUAGUCAAUUUGUUGUUUAAAGCUGGUAGGUUCGACGAGGCAGUGGAACUCAUAAAAGAGAUUCCUUAUGAACCAGAUUGUUUAGUUUGGGAGUCAUUACUUGAUGCCUGUGCAAUUGGAGACCUGAAUCUCAUAGAGGGAAUGGUGGAGAGGUUGAUGGAAGUUAUGCCUGAGCCCUCUAUGGCCUAUCAGCUGUUAACUAGAAUAUAUGAAAUGCAGGGAAAAUGGGAAUCGUUGGUCCGGCUCAAAAAUACGAUGAGAAGUUUGGUGAAGCCGGUGGUGGGAUUUAGUUGGAUUGGUAUGAAAAACCAGAUUUAUGUUUUUGAUGCUAAGCAGUUAGGACAACCUGGCGCUAGUUGCACCCCUGUCACCAUGUUAGAAUCCACGUCCUAUGCACAGGAAAUCUUUGAUGGGAUUUCAGGGUUCAGUAACUGAUUACUUCCAAACUGUCUUACUUCAAGAUAAUUUAGUCACUGAAAUUGAGAGAGAUCAUAUCAUCCAAAGUCUCAGAUAAUAUAUUACCAACCAGAAAAUCAUUUUAUUCGAGGUCCAGACAUGUUUCAGCGAAGGUGCACAAAGAAGAAAUUGGACAAGGUUUUCAGAGUUUAAUCAUGAGAUGCAAAUCUUGAGAUUGUUCCCUCAAGAACAUUGUCGGGCUUUAGCUGAAAGUAGAAGAGGCUGAACAUUUGUUAUGUUCAGUAUACUUGCAACAAGUCAUUCCAUUGGCAUAUGCUUGGUCAAGCAGCAAAUAAUUUUCAAUGGAACCAAGACAUGCCAUUGCUGUUGGAAUUGGAAGAGGUCUGUGUUUCUGCAUGCCAAGGCAGCCAGAUAAUAUUUCAAGACAUGUGCCCGACCAUUAUUGUAAUAAAUAUGCUGCAAGUCUGAUGUCCUCGUCAAGGGAGUACAUCAUGAAAGUUGGCUUUCGGAGUUCAGCUUGAGAUCUGGAAAAUCACUAUGCCCUGAUGGCUUCUCGGCUCCGCUCCCAGACCCAGAGUGGGCUUUUGUGAUGAGAUCAAGAUAUUGAUCUUUGCCUCUGAAAUGCUUGCUGCCAGGUUGGAAUGGGCAUCUGAAGGAAAACACUCGUAAUGAUGUAGGUGAUGACAAACUUCCAUAUAAAUGUCCCCAGACUAUUCGUCGCCUCAGUUGGCAUCAUGUGACUAUGAGGAUCUCGCACACCAUCCAUGAACAUAGAGGUGGCGUCUCGAUACACACACGGAGAGGUCAUCAUCGACAACUCGGUUGUUCCCGAAGGAGGUUGGGGGCCACUGAUCUUUGAGCAUAUGGGUUUUGACAUGCUCACGACAGUAGAGGGAGGCGGUAAAUCGCCGUUGAAUGUGGGUCAAGUAUCAAUCUCGUGGCCCGUUGCUCGUAAAAAGAUGGAU